UGUCGACAUUUGCGUCGACCCGCCUUCGUACCUAAAGCAGUUAGCUGUUAGCUGUUAGCUCGCCAUAGCCUUUGCUUUCACGACGCUGCUCAUACCUUCUAUCCGACUAAUAACACGGAUGUCACUACAGCAACAUGUCAAGCAAGGAGGUGAUUUAUGAGAAGAAUCACUUCAGACAUGACCCCAGAUGGAGUGGGCGCCUGGGGCCCGCAGAGGGAGGAGGACUGCUGCUGUGUGUGGCCUGUGUGCUCGACAUGUUGGAGCGCGAUGACUGCUCUUCAGCCAGGAAGUCGUAUGCCUUGUCGGCUAUCAGUGGGGUGCUGAAGUGUUCUCCUGGAGCCUUGAGAGAGUUGCUCCAACAGGACCACCAAGUCUCCAUGCAGUUUAUAACCUCUCUGUUGGGGAUGCUUCACACAACACUGGACUCAGCUACUUUGGAAAAGGUGGACCAAGUUCUGGUUCUACUGCUUUUAGAGCUUCAGAGCGAGCUGCCACUGCGCUUUGUGUUGGAUCAAAUCGACAAAAAGGUGAUUGACCAGCUCAAUGUGAAGUCCUUCUUGCCAACCUUCAACUUCUUAGGGAGCUUGGUGGAAGCGGUACCCGGUGUGGCUAUUAGCCUGGUGACUCAGUAUGCUCCCUUGCUUGACCGCCUGUGCUCGGUCUUGUUGUAUCCGGAUGAAGGGCUGAAGGCUUCAAUCAUCUAUGUGUGGCUCAAGACGUUGGGGGCCGCUGGGGGUUCGCCGGCCCACGCCCUGCCCGUCACCCUUCGGGACAGAGUGUGUGUCCUGUUGCUGCAGACCUUUGCCAAUGCCAGCUCCCCCCAGCUUAUCAACAAUUGUAUUGCUCUACUGUGGCUUCUAGUGCAGUGGGGAGAGGCAGUGUCAGUUCUUAUGAGUAACACCGGCAUUCAGUUCAUGACCAGCCAGACUCAGACCAUCCACAUCAGCAGCCAGGACCAAGAACAACAGACUUCUGACCACUGCCACCUGCCUCUCAUCCUGAAAAAGUUGCUGCUGAGUGGUGAAGAGGCACUGCAUGUGACCAGUGCAAAAUGCAUUGCAUCCAUUCUGGUUCAUUCCCCCAGUCACUACAGCGCUUCUUUUAUCAAAGCUGAUGUACCAGAGUUUCUAUUUGAUCGUCUGGUUAGUACAAGCAGUGAGCUGCUGCUUUGGUCCCUCUACAGCUGCUUGCUGUUGCUGGUUGAAGACCCACUAUUUUUCUCCCAGUGUCACUCAGUUUAUGGUAUUGAAUCCCUGGUGCGCAGUCUGAAACAGGCACUGCAGCUGACCAACAUGGAUGUGCUGAAACAAGGAUUUGUGCUUCUUACUGAGAUAUUGGGGAGGCAGCCUCCAAAUGUGCGCUUGUUCCUCAGUGCUGAAGGUUUUCUGGCUGUGUCACAGACUGUGGUGGCGGGACUCUCCUCCCCCUGCCUGCGAGUGGCCACGCAGGUCGCAAGUGCUGCCUCCGCCCUCUUUAGACUUCACCACCAGUCCAGACCGGUCCAAUACAAGGAGCUACAAGAACUGGUGGCUGCCAUCACACACAGAUUGAAUGAGCUUCCCUUGCCAUCCUCGGCUCAGCGUCAAAGUAUUGGUCGUCUGAAGAAGUCAGACCAGCGCAACCUGGCCUCUCGGUCAGAAGGAUUUCUGUUGCAGUCCAUGCUGUGUUUGCAGACCGCUUGCAGAUUGGCGGAGGAGUGUGCGUCAGAUCCUGUUUUGAUGGAGAACACGUUCACAGCUCCAUCUGAGCAGAGCCGUGGUCAGGACUCGCUGGAGUCUCUGUGCCAAUGCCUGCUGCGCUGCUGUGACUCGGUCUGGAUACCCAGCGUUGUUAGGAUGUGUGAAUGUGCACCAAAUCCUCAGAUAUUGCAGGCCUUCUACUCAGUCCUGUGCUCCCAGUUCACUCUCCUUCCAUCACUCAUGCCAGUCUUUGCAACCAAGAUGGCAUCCUCGGGUUUCUACAGGCUGGCUUUGGAACACAAAGGGAUCCUCUGUGUGGGAAACAGAAACACAAGUUUGAAUGCAGCUUGCUGUGGUUUCCUACAGAAACUCAGUAUGUGUCUCUUCUCCCAGUCAAGUCCUUCCUGUACUGCCCGCCAGCAGGAUGUAGAAGAAGUGGAGAAUCUCUUGCAGUACAACCUUCCCUCUCUCUGCUGUAGCAUCUCAGACUGGCCCUCUCUGCUGCGCGAGUACCCCGGGCAACUACCAUGUGAUGAGAAAGGGCCAAGAGCCACUCAGUACUGCCUGGUGAUAAUACUCCAUCUCGCCCUGCAGCAAGGAGACAGGCUUCUCCCGGACCAGACAGUGUUUUCCAGUGUGGUGUGGCUCUUGCGUUCCGUGCAGGAGGACGGCAACUGUACUGUCCCUACGUCUGUCCUGCGCUCCGCCCUUUACCUGCUGGCGGUGACACAGGACAAUGGCAUCACCCUGGAGGGGGCUCCUUUAAAGUGCAUCAGCAUGGCACUCUCCUCCUGCCAGAGCUUCUCAUCCCUCUACAGUCACCAUCCUGCCCUCCUCCACUUCAUUUGUAGCCAUCCGCUGCUUGAGAAGACAUUUGGAGGCCUGAUCUUGGAACUAUGGUUGACCAAGCAGGCCCAGUACACAGAUGCAGACCUAACCAUGAGAGACACUCAUGUGAAAGACAAGCUACAACGAGGUGACGGAGAGACAGAAAAAGACAUUGUGGAGCUUCUGUCUGUGAUAAAGAAGUACCCAGCUAUCAUCCUGACCCUCCUGGACAUGGUUUGCACCAGGGAGUCUUCCCUGGCAGAGCGAGCACUGUCGGUUCUGACGCUUCUCUUGGACGGCAACAAUGACUUUGAGGCGGACUUGUGUGCCAGUUUGAAAAUGGCCCUACUGCAGGUCUUGCAGAAAAUCAGUGUCCAGACUAUGGACCGUGGACAUCAUGCUAAAGAAGUGAAUUCACUCCCGCUGGUGCUGCGGCUGCUCAGUGUCACUCAUACCAGCGAGCCACUUCCACCCCGCUGCAGCAAGAUGGACGGCGUGCACUUCAAGCUGCUCUACCAUGUGAGUAACAUUGCAGGUCGGCUGAGUGCGUCCAACACCGAGAGUCUGCUGCCCGCCCUCAGCUACCUGCACUGCCUCCUGAGCCUCUCUCCUGCGUACUGCACUGACACAGCUGUCUCCAUGCUGCUCUCCAACGGUGGACUGAUGGAGCGGCUUCAGACAGUCCUGUCUUCCUCCUCCUCUUCCUCCGCCUUGCUGUGCGUCAGUCAUCUCCUCCUGUCCUCGCUCAUCACCCUGCAGCACGUGCACGCCUCACAGGUUCACAAAAGCCUGAGUUGGAGCCUGGACAGAAGUGUGCAGCGAAUCCUUAUUCAGAAAAGAAACACAGACAAUCUCUUGCUCGUCAGCUACUUGAGACUGCUGGAGGCCUUACUCAACGUUGACCUGACCUCAGCGCUGAUGCGUGUGAGCACUGCUCCUGGCUUGCUUGGCCACACACCUCUGGAGGUUGAAGAUGGACAAUUGUUUCCACUUGGCUCCAGGGGGGCUCAGUGCCUCGCCAUCGCUCUCAGUGGACUCAUUUUACAGAAGCAUGAGCUGCUGCUGCGAGCUUCAGUCAACUGCCUGACUUCCUUGCUUGGCUUCCUGCAUAGGAGGAGUCCCAAGACAGCCAAGUAUGUGGUUUGUCAGCCAUGGAGUCGAUUCCUGCUCUCCUGCCUGCACAGCUCAGGAGAGAGCUGCCUUCUGCACCCUGCCAUUCUCAGACUGCUCACACUGCUCAUGCGGCACGGCAGCACGGUGGUGCGCUGGGAGCCCGACCUGCUCCGGGUGAUUGAUGCAGUAGAGAGGAAGGGGGUAAAGACGCUCAGCCAGGAAGCCUCACACACCCUCAGGCUACUUCUCACACAGAUCCAGAGUGGUGUCUGGCAGCCUCCGCCCACCGAGGAACACAAGCAGAGAGUGAGGCGUGCCAUGGACUCCCUGGACUCAGAGCCCGCCUCUGAGAGCCCCGUUGUGCCCAGCAACAUCCUACGUGUUGGGGCCUUGUCCAUCUGUCUGUCCCACUUCACCCUCAUCCUAGACUAACUCUGUGUCACGCACAUGUGGACAACACUUGGACUUCACCCUCAUCCUAGACUAACUCUGUGUCACGCACAUGUGGACAACACUUGGACUUCACCCUCAUCCUAGACUAACUCUGUGUCACGCACAU